AAAUAAAUAACCAAACAAAAAUAAUAAAAUAAAUAUAAAAAACAAAUAAUAAAGUUUUACUAAUUAUUAUUCAGUUUUUAUAAUAUUUAAAUUAUAUUUUUCUCAAGGUAAUAAAUUUAUUUAACUAAAACCUUUUAAUAAUAUUUAUAUAUAAAAGAAAAUCAACCAAUAAAUAAUUACAUAAUAAAUAUAAAUAAAAUGAGAAUUUUAUUUUUUACAACUUUAUUGGUUGCAUUGGUUCUAAUGAUUGCUCCAACCUAUGCAAAUCAAGAACAUUGGGGCAAAGGUCAAUGGGGAAAUGGUGGUGAAGGACACCAUGGUGGUAAUAAUAGAGAUUGUGAAAGUUUAGGGGAACAUGAAUGUAAAUCAACCGGAGGUUGUAGAUAUUUGCCAUUUGUUUCAUGUUGUGGUAAAAAACAAUUUUUCUGUGUUAAAGAUGACGGAGAUUGUGGCUCAGAUUUAUCCUGCAUGAAGAAUACACAAUCCGGUGAAAUUUUUGAAAUAUGGUCAAGUUGUAAACCAACAAGAAAUAUGGAGUAUUAUCCAACUCCAAAUACCACAACAUGUGAAUCACUCGGUUGUGAAGCUAGAGGUUUGGAAUGUGAAUGGGUUGAAUCAAAACCAUGCUAUGGUACCAGCUGUUGCCCAAGAAUUCCAAGAUGUACUGCCCCAUCACACGGUGGUCAUGGAGACCAUGGAGGUCAUGGUAAAUGUUCCCAAAUUUCAUGUCCAGACAAUUUCUUCUGUGAAGAGCAAGGUCAUCAUGCAGUUUGUGUUCCUGAACAUCAUGGUUGCGGUAAAGUUCAAUGUCCAUGGGGUUUCUAUUGUGUUCAUGAAAAUGGUAGAUCACACUGUGCACCAAAGAGAGGUCCACCACCACCACCAUCAAAUAACUGUCGUAACGCCAAAUGUCCAGAAGACUAUGAAUGUAAAGUUAUUAAAGGAUCUGCAGUUUGUGUAAGAGGUGAUAAAAAUACAGGUCACUUUAAAUGCAGAGAAUUUUCAUGUCCAAUCGGUUCACGUUGUGAAGUAUUAAAUUUCCACCCAGUUUGUGUCAAAGAUAGAGUUCCACCAUUCCCAAAGCCACCAACUGAACAUUGUGGUAUUGUUAAUUGUCCACCAGGUUAUCAUUGCACUUCACAAAAUGGUAUACCAACUUGUGUUCAAAGCAGUGCUUUCCUUUGCAAUGCUACUCGUUGUCCAAGCAACUAUGAAUGUGAAGUCAUCAGUCCAUCGAUUGUUACUUGUGCACCAGAAGAUAAUGCCUGUAAAUGGCAUCAUUGCCCACCAGGCUUUUCAUGUUUCAAUGGAAAUAGUGGUCCACAUUGUUUAUUAAAUAGUCAGUUCCCACAACUUUGCCGUGUUACCAAAUGUGCUAAUGGUUUCUUCUGCAGAAUGGUUCAAGGUCACCCAACUUGUAUUAGACCAAGACCACCACCACCAACUCCAAAUUGUUUAACCUGUGCUGAUCUUCCAUGUAUUCAUGCUGGUAUGAUUUGUGUUACUAUUCCAGGUAACUGUUCCAACCCACGUCUCCCAUGUUGUAUUCAUCACCCAGUAUGUGUAGUUGCAUCAACUACUGCUGCAUCCACUAUUGCAACAACUGCCUCCACUGUAGCAACUACAACUAGUACACCAGGUGCUACAUCAACUACCGGUACAUCUACCACUGGUACAUCAACUACUGCUGGUACAUCAACUACUGCUGGUACAUCAACCACUGGUACAUCAACUACAGGUACAUCAACCACCGGUACAUCAACCACCGGUACAUCAACCACCGGUACAUCAACUACCGGUACAACCACCACUACUACUACUACCACUACUGCAGAUGCUACCACUACUGCAGGUGUCACCACUGCCACUACCACUGCAGAUGCCACCACUACUGCAGAUGCUACCACUACUGCACCAGCCACCACUACUGCAGAUGCCACUACUACUGCAGAUGCCACCACUACAGAUGCCACUGCAACAGGUUUAUCCACCUAAACGAAAUAAAAAUAUAUAAAAUUAUGAAAAACAUCAAUAAAUUAAAAAUUAAUUUUAUAAAAAAUAAAAUGCUCUCAAAAACCACAUUUUUACAAUAUUUUAUUUUUA